AUGCUGCCUGACAGGGUGUGAAUUCUGCGUGUGGGAUCUAUACGACGACGACAUGCGUGAGUACCAGCAGCAAGCAAAGGCGAUCAGCGAGGAAUUCGAAAAGCAAGGGAAACCUGUGCCCGAGGAGCUAAAGCCUGAGAACCUGCGCGACUCAAUUGACCCAACCAUGCGCGCAUUCCUGGAUCUAGAGCGCGAGCUGGCCAUGAAGGACCAGGACAAGGACGACUAAUGUACUAUUAUUUACUGGCAUCGCCAAACUUGACGCGAGUGCAUAUAGCCAGACACGCGAGCGGAUCAGGAAAGAUGGCUUUUUUGUCUCGACUUGCGGCGUCAUCGGUUUUGUAAUUCUUGUGUGCCCAUGAAACGCGUUUUGUCUUUCGCCUCCUCUUUCCUAUACUUUUUUACACUGUAGAGACACUUUUUCUUAGCCUGCCCAAUUCAGCCCUUUCUAUUUCCCUGCACUUUUUUAACAGCCUACUUUUGAAUUCAACUCAUGGCGGAUGAGUCACCAACAGCAGCCCUGGCGCAGUCCAUGCUUUUAGAGUCGUUUUUGGACCAGGCGACGCGCUACGCGCUGCGGCUCCUAACACUACGCAUGCGCCUUGGUCGCAUCCAGGAGCGGCGGCACAGGGACGAUACUGAGACGCUCUACAGCGAUGCUGCACGGUACUUUGAUGAGCUGAAGGCUCUGACUCCGCAGCUGCAAAGUACGUUUGGGGUCGUGGAGAAGCUGCGGCAGCGAGGCUGCGUCACUGGCUCCACCGAGGGGUUCCGGGUGCGCACACGCGUUUACGAGCUUAUCGGAUCAUGCUUCAGCGACAUUCUUCCUAUCUCCGAUCGGCGCCACGGCGAGCAGUUCGGAAGUGUGCGCCAGUGGCCACUCACCGCCUACGAUCCGCGAGAGGACGAUAUGACGGCCCACCCGAUGUGGUCGCUGAUGCGCCCGAACCGCCCGCCGCAAACAAUCUUGCAGAUAUUCCUGGAUCUGUCGCAGCAGCUGGUGGUGUUCCAUGGUGCCCACAGCGAGACGCUGACGCAGGUGUCGGUGGGCGCCGAGUGGUUCUCGAUUCUUUCUAUGCUGCUGGCGCAGCUGGCCCUGGCAAGCAGCGUGUUUGGCGAGUAUUCGAAUGACCAGGUAGUUGCAGCGCUGGAUUACGUCGGCCCAGAUGCAGAUCAGGGACGCACCACACUAUACCCGGAGCUGUGGGGCGCAGCAACUUCACAGUUGGCGGCAGACUUGGACCAAGAAUUGAUUGGGAUCAAAGAACUGGCCAGGAAGAUGAGGAGCAAGCGCACAGCCGAUGCAGCUAUCACGGAACUGGCUGAGCUCAAGUCACCACAUGCGUUUGCAAACCGGCUGGUUGUGUAUUUGGGUGCUGUGUUGGACCGCCUGGAGCCGCCGACACUAGAUGUGUAUUCGUCGAUCCGCCAGUCAGGGUCGUUCCCGCCCGGCUUCUUCAGCUCACCGGAUGACUCUCUGGAUUUGCCCGCCCAUCCACAACUUAUUUUCGACCCUGAGACGUCACCCAACCCGUUCUCGCCAGAACCCGCACCGCAGACCAUGGAUGACCUUGCUGCAAUCACCCGCAGCCUUCAGCCUCAGCGGAUCUACGUCCCGGACACACCAACAGCCAUGCACAUCGAUGGUGACUCUAUGCCUGCCAGUCCCUCAGAGGAUGUGCUGAUGCGCAGCGCACGGCGGCCAACGCGGCUUGCAGCUCGGAGAUCGUCGUUGGAAUCAGAGGAGGAAGCACCUAGCCAUGCUAUUGAUCCGACGUCGUCACAGCUCGCCCAGACGCCGCAGCACGCUAGCUCAUCCAUGAUUAGCGCCGACACCAUUGACAUCGAGAAUACUGUGAUUGCGGAAUCUCCUAGCGCCCUGCUUUCGGCCAAACACGACCGGCGCCUGAGCCGCACCAGUCGCGCCCUCCAUGACCAACCGCCACCCGCCCUGGACUUUGCUUCGAUCCAGCAACCACCGCAAACACCACCGCGAAAGACCACUGUCACACGCAGCGCUAUGACCACUCCCAAGUCACAAACCGGAAAGGCUGCCGAGAAGCCAAGAUACGUCGACAACUGGCGGCAGGGCGAUGUUGAGGGCGGCGGACGCCCGCACCGCAAGCGCCACAAUUCGCGCCCUGCCACCCCGACGAAUCUUCGUUCCAUGCCACCCCCACCAUCCCUGCUGUCGCCCAAGAUCCUGGCUGCCGCCAAGCGCAAAAAUAUUGAUUUCGACGACAUGGUCCGCGAUUCUGAGUGCCAGACCACUCCUGAGAAGCGCCCGCGCCUUGAAGCCCCCCUGUCCAUGCUCACCCCCUCGGCCCAGGUCACGCCGGAACACCAGACUGGCACUGCCACAGAUCUAGGCGCACAGUCUGCAACACGGUAUGUCGGUGGAAAAGAUAAAGGCGAUCUUGCUGGCGGUGGCCGGAAGCACACGGAGCGGCUGCGGAAAAACACAUCACGGGAAGCGCGGCCACCCCCCAGUUUGAUAUAAAACAAGUUGUGGCCUCGUCGUGGACACCUUUAAAUGUAGCAUUCGUACCAUCUAUGAGAUUCAAAGAGUAAAAGCAUAUCCA